AAAGCUUAAACGAAUUCACUAUUUAUCAUUUAAUUUCUCAUACCUGAUAUAGCAUUUCUAGUGCACCGCCAUCGUCAGCUCCAAAAGCUCAUUAGUAACAUAUACGUAUGCGUAAUGCAUGCGUUUUUGUGCAUUUAUUUCAUCUCUUCAACUGCUUCCCUUAUUUGUCUCGUUUCAGAAACUACAGUCACCUCCUUUCCACUUGUCGUAUAUAGAGUAUAUCAUUUCUUCUCCCCUCCCAUAUCCCUCUUCUACCCCUCCGUCGCUACCUAAAUUGAACACUGAAAGAAAGGGAAAGAGGACAGUUGAUGUUUUUGAUUCACAAAUAUUGUCCAAAGAAUCUCGAGAAUUGAGGUUCAAUUGAAAUACUCUGCCCGUAAUUUCACAAUUUUCCAACAAGAGAUGGGGCUUUUGGAUCUCUUCAUCGCUGCAUCAAUGCCGGUCCUUAAAGUGCUUUUGAUUACGGCACUUGGAUUAGUACUUGCUCUGGAUCGUAUCGACUUAUUGGGAGAAGAUGCAAGAAAACAUUUGAAUAAUAUCGUCUUUUUUGUAUUCAAUCCAGCCCUUGUCUCCAGCAACUUAGCCAAAACAAUCACAUCUGAAAGCAUGAAAAAAUUGUGGUUCAUGCCUUUGAAUAUCCUCUUCACCUUUAUUAUUGGUUCAAUUCUUGGUUGGGCAGUCAUUCAAAUUACAAGGCCUCCUCAACAUCUACGUGGACUGGUUGUUGGCUGUUGUGCUGCAGGAAACUUGGGCAACAUGCUUCUCAUUAUCAUUCCAGCCGUUUGUAAAGAGAAAGGGAGCCCUUUCGGGGAUCCUGGUGUUUGUCACACAUAUGGAAUGGGCUAUGCUUCGCUUUCGAUGGCGGUAGGGGCGAUUUACCUGUGGUCUUAUGUUUAUAAUAUCGUGAGAAUAUCGUCAAGUAAGAGCUCAAAGGAAGUUGAGAUUAAUGAUUCCUCCGCCAGUAGAUCUCCGAGAGAAAGCUCUAUAUCGCAACUUGGGACAUCAACAGAAUCACUACUUCCAUCGAAGGCCUUCAAUGGAUCCGAGUCCCCACCUGAACAGCUUGAGCUGCCUUCCACUAGAUUUGAUCACAAAACUCAGAUGCAGCCUGGGACUAAAUUUAAGCAGUACAUGGAGAUUAUUUCGAGAAAGAUCAACCUGAAGAGGUUAUUAGCCCCUUCUACCACUGGAGCGCUUGCAGGUUUUAUAGUUGGACUAAUACCUCAGAUAAGAAAGCUGAUGAUUGGUGAUGUAGCACCUCUUCAUGUGAUCGAAGAUACAGCUAUUUUACUUGGGGAUGGAGCCAUCCCACUUCUAACGCUGAUCAUGGGAGGUAACCUUUUGAAGGGUUUGACGGGUUCAGGAAUUCAGAAAUCCCUGCUGGUUGGCAUUAUUGGUGUCAGAUAUAUUGCCCUGCCUCUGAUAGGUAUUGCUGUAGUCAAAGGAGCUAUUCACUUGGGCUUGGUGCAACAUGAUCCGUUAUAUCAAUUUGUUCUUCUACUUCAAUUUGCACUUCCACCAGCAAUGAAUAUUGGAACCAUAACACAGUUAUUUGGAGCUGGUGAGAGCGAGUGUUCAGUAAUUAUGUUUUGGGCUUAUGCAUUGGCUUCAGUAUCACUUACUCUGUGGACUACAUUCUUCAUGUGGCUUGUAGCUUGACUUCAUUUUUAUAUCAGACCUAUUCAAGUUUACAUGGCAUGUGCAAUGUUCUAUUUUGUCGAAA